AUGGGCGGAAGCAAACGCAAGGGUCGACCAGAGGAAACUCACCAGUUCAGCAAUCUUUCACCUUCGAGACUCUCUUGGCAACAUGAUAUUCAGGCGCCUUCGACUUCCAAUAAAAGGCAAUUCACUCGGCUUCAAGAAGAAGCAGCCCCAUCUAGGAGCAACUCACUCUCUACUCAGCCGGCGGAUAACGCCAUUGAGUCGGGGGUGGGCGAGUUGAGGAACAAGAAAGCUAAUCCCAAUCUCGUGCGCCCGGAUAUAUUGUACCUAAGUGGCAUACCCAAUCACUCAAGAUGUCUACUUGGUGAUGUUUCUAAACGUUGGUUCUCGCUAUUUGAAAGCAUAGUGAAUUCCAAAGAGCUCAAAUCAGCUCCGAGGCCAGCAAAUAUCGUCCACCCAGAGUUGCCGUUUGCAAUGGUCCAACCCGCCGAUGGACGCGAAGGCAGAGUGCUGAGAGUCAUGCGCUACGAAGAUGCUGCUAAACGGAAGCUAGCACUCCCGCGCCCUCAGAAUUGUGUUUCAUUUGGUAGAAGAUUGAUAGUUUAUCUUAAUCACUUACAUCUAGAGGUUAUGGAACGUUUGGGACUACCAGAAUCUACGCAGAUACUGUUGCACGACGAUUUCUUGAAAUGGGUGCAUGGCGAGAUCUUCCAUCCUAGUGAUCAUGUUCUUCCGGUGCUGGGGACCAUUGAUAAGCCCUACCAGUCAUGGGAAGAGAUCUUGGAAUUGAAUCAAAUUGGAAAGAAUCAAGAAGAAAUCAUCAAAUACUUCUCUGGAGAUGGCAAACACGAAGAGAUAACCAAGAUUUCUGUAUAUCUAUUGGAAACUUAUCAGGAUCAUCAUGAAA